UAGGGUGAUUUGCACGUAGAUUUGCGCAAACUCGAUGCGGUCCUGACAAAGCUGCACGCUGCGCAGACGUGCUUUCUCUGCCGUUACGUCGGGACCUCGGUGUCUGGUUUCUGCUCAUGCUCACAGCGCUCACGGGGACAGGAGGAGUGGACCUGGCUGCAGCUGAUACAUUCUCAUGAUGUAAUGCUGCCUGUUUGGUGACUACGGAUGGCUGUUUGCGCGCGGCUCUGCGGAGUGGGGCAGUCCCGGAGGUGCCGCAGGCGUCAGCGGCAGAACCAGCAGGACCAGUGCAGCGAUUCGGACAUGGACGAGGAGGAAGAGGAGCGGAUCGUGGCGCCGAGGCAGACCGACGUGUGCGGAGGCCCGGAGAGCUCCAGCGCCGUCACUGCAGGGCCCAAUGACGCGGAUGGGGAUUUUAGCAGCGGUCACGGCGGCGAGCAGACCGACACGGGUCCCCCACACCCGCAAGCCCUGUCCGAACUACCGCCGGAGCUUCUGGUGGAGAUUUUUUCCAUGCUCCCCGGGAUAGUAUUACCAAAUGUCGCUCUCGUUUGCAAGAAAUUCAGACAGAUCUUGAACACAGAGACCAUUUGGAGAAGGCGGUGCGUGGAAGAAUUUGGAAUGAAGGAGGAUCUGCGAAAAAUGGAAGUGGGGGCAGCAUCCAGCAGAGACCUUUAUGUUAAACUGCUUUAUCCAUACAGACACAUUCUGGGCAUAUGGCAGCCUGACAUUGGGCCUUAUGGAGGACUCCUCAAUGUUGUAGUGGACGGGCUGUUUAUCAUUGGCUGGAUGUAUUUACCACCUCAUGAUCCAAGAGUAGAAGAUCCAAUGAGAAGAAGGCCUCUUUUCCGGAUUCACCUUUGGGAAAGUAAAAAGGCAACAGUGGAGUGUAUGUACGGGCACAAAGGUCCACAUAAAGGAGACAUUCAGACUGUGAAAAAGGACGAGUUCUCUACAAAAUGUAAUCAGACAGAUCACCACCGCAUGCCUGGAGGCCGGCAAGAGGAGUUCAGGACGUGGCUGGAGGAAGAAUGGGGCCGAACACUGGAAGAAAUCUUUCAUGAGCACAUGCAGGAGCUCAUCCUAAUGAAAUUUAUUUAUACUAGUCAAUAUGAUAAUUGUCUUACAUAUCGGCGGAUAUAUCUACCACCUCCGCUGCCUUCAGCCCUGCUCCAGCCCGGCCUCUUCAAGGGCACUUACGGCAGUCAUGGCCUGGAGAUUGUUAUGCUGAGUUUCCAUGGGACGUCAGCAAGAGCCACUAAGCUCACGGGAGACCCCAACGUUCCGGCUGGACAGCUCACUUUAGAUGUGGACCUCGGUCGGCCUGUGGUGCUUCCGGACCUGGAGCGUCAGAGGAACAUUGAGGAGCUGUCCCGCCUGGUGCUGGGGGUGCAUGCCGAGGUGCAGAGAGACAUGGAAGGAGCCUCUACUGCAGCUGCAAACAGCACAGAAGAGGGCGCAUGUGGUGGUGAGGAGGGAGGUCCAGACCAAAGCGCUGCCUCAGAAAACUGCCAGCCAGAGACCAGCGGCAGCACAAACCCACCUGAACUCCAGCCGUUUGUUCUGCCUUUGGGGGUGAUGGCACGCAAUGAAGUGUACCCCCGCACCUGCAGGAAGUGUUUCUAUGGCACUGGCCUGAUCGCUGGGCAUGGGUUCACGAGUCCGGAGCGUACCCCAGGGCUCUUUGUGUUAUUUGACCAGGACCGGUUUGGGUUCAUCUGGCUGGAGCUGAAGUCCUUUAGUCUGUACAGCCGCCUCACGGACCACCUGCCCCACGCACAGGCCCCUAACAUGGAGCGCUUUGAGGCCAUGCUGCGAAAUAUGCAGUCCUGGACAUCCUGAUGCAUCCAGCUUUAAGUCUACAGUCACGUGCAGAUGGACCACGCACCCACCACUUGGUUCCAUAAGUAAAUUUCACAUAAAUUUUCCCAUAGACGAUCAGAAAAAAAACAAUUCUGAAAGUCUGCUUAAAGAUGCACUGUGUAACGUUACUGGUGGAGGGUCCGUCAAAUACUUUUCUCCAUGGAGAUUUUUAUUGCUUUGAUUGGAAUGUUUCACAGUAUGGUACUAAACAUUUCUAUCUGCAUGGAGACCAAACCAGACCAAGUUAUAAGUCAGAUCUGUGGAGAGGCAAGCCCACUCACAGUCAGAAAGCCUGUUUUUCUAGGUAUGUUUGAGCAAUAAAACCACCUGUAAUUGAAUAAAUGUAAGGUAGAUCUAAUGUUAUACUGUGGAACGUUCUAAGCAGAACAAUGAAAUAUCCAUAGAAACAAGACAGUGACGAACAUCCAACCGAAAAUACAGACCUUUAAAGAUGCACUGUGUAACUUUCCGGGUAGAGGGUUCGCUACCAUGGAGAUGUUGUUGCUUUGCUGGACAUUUUUCACACUUCUCACUUAUCUAUUUCCAUGGAAACAAGCACCAUGCCAAUUGACAGGUCCAGUUUGUGGAGAGGAGAUCCCACUUACAGUAGAAUGCAUAUUUUUCAAGUCUUUGUUUUCUGUAAAAAAAUAUAUACAAAAAUAUAUAAUUAAGUAAUAAGCAAGUUUGUUAGACUCUUACUAGAAAGGUUAAAUAGUGCACCUUUAAGGCUAAGUAGCUAUAACCACUGCAUGGCAUCACAAGGUGGAACAGAGCAUUUGGAGCUUUGGAGAUGUAGACAGACUAAUAAUAAAAUUACUAAUUACUCAAACGUGUGAGCAUGACUUGACUAAAAGCUCAUAAGAGUCAAUUUUGUGUAAUAUAGGGCCUUUUAUGUUUGAAUUUUUUGAAAGUCUAUGGGAAAAAUUGAAAUUUUUCUUCCAGAACAGCAUGGGACUCUGAAGUGAGCGGGACUUGAGCUCCAUUCGCCCUAUGAACGCACGUGUCACUUCCUCUGUCCUUCGCCUGACAAUGUUAUGACCACAUUUACUGUUAACCUUAACUCCACUGGUUUUAUCUUUGUUUCCAUCAUUAAACCCCAGACACAGGUUUACUGUCCAGUUAAAGGUGCAUUACGUAACUUUUUGCUGGAGAAUCCGUCAGAUGCUUUUCCCUGGAGAUGUUAUUGCUUUGUCUGAAAAGUAUCACAGUGUAGUAUUGAACUUUUGCGUCCAAACCAAGUUACAAGUCAAGUCUGUGGAGAGGCAAACCUUCUCACAGUCAGUUUUUCUAGCUAUUUCUGAACUAUAAAACCACCUGUAAUUGAAUAAAAGUAAAGUAAAGCUGUUUAAUAUUACAGUGUGGAGCAUUCUAGGCAGAGCAAUGACAUAUCCAUUGAAACAAGCAGGUGAAGGACCCACAAAAAGUUACACAGUGCACCUUUAAACAAGUUACACCACCUCACAUUUUGCGCCAAUUUUCCUUUAAAUAGUACUUGGUCACUUUCUCUUAUGACCUUACAAAUAAAUAUUGCCAGGCAGCAUGAUCAGGUCACUAUAAGUAUCCUAUUAAACUAUAAGUAUGUCUAUUUAUUCCCCACCCGAAGAAAGUGAAUGAGCAUUUUUAACUCUUCUUACCGAUAGAAGUGUAUGUGCCUCUGACUAUUACAAUCAUGUCUGUACUUGAUAGUGCUUGAAGGCCUCUAAUGUAUUCUACAAUAUAGUAUUUCACUUGUUAUUUCGCAUGUUGCAUAUUACUCAUGAGGGAUUAUAUCAUAUCUGACCCAGUAUCAUUAAUAAAGGUGCAAUGCACAACUUUUCUGGUAGAGGGUCCAUUACCUGCUUGUCUGGAGAUGUUAUUGCUUUCAUAUUAAACAGAUUUAUCUAGCAUUUAUUCAUUACGGGUGUUUCUAUCGCUCAAAAAUACAACAAUUUUCUCUGUGAGUAGGCUUGCCUCUCCGCAGAUCUGACCUGUAAUGUAGCUUAGUUGUUUCCCUUGAGAUAUAUAACAUUAAUCUCUACUGUGGAACAUUUUAGACAAAGCAAUAAGUACUGUAUAUCUCCUUUAAGACAUGAAGGUGGCGGACCCUCCAUUAGAAAAGUUACGCAAAGCAGCUUUGAUUACACAUUUCGGUUAACAGACAGUAUGUUUUUUUCGUAGCCGCAAGUCAUUAAAACACAAAAUAUCUAUGUAAAUACAGUAUAAAGUAGAAGUAUACUUUUCUACUAAUGUACAAUUGCCUAGUAGUGAUGUAAAGUGGACUUUAUGAUCACUUUUUCUUGGUUGCAGAUUGCUUUCUUAGAAUGAUAUGUUAUUGAUCUUUGGACCCUUCUGUAGUGAGAUAUACUUGACAAUGACACUUCUACCACGCCCACCAGAGUACACGGGUCAGAAAAUUACCGCAGUUUAGUAUAGCCUCCUAGACAUAAGCUGUAUUUAUUUAAUGUAUCAAAAUAUACAAUUUAUGUGCUUUUGACAAGGUGUCCUAUCUUUAAAAAGUAUUGCAUUUGGUGUUUGUUUAAAAUUGGCUGACAUAAUGUUUGUAUGGCUGUGCAUCUUUAUUAACUUACCAUUUCAGUUUUGCCAAAAAAUAUAACUGUGCAAGCUUAAAGGGCCUAUAUUACCUAUUUUUGAUCUAUGUUAUAAUUUUGUCUCCCCAUGAAAAACAUACUCGGAGUUGUGUUUUUUUGUAUUCACACGUUUAACACACAAACCCUGCGUCAUUUGGGUGGUUUCAGCCCUGGAAUUGUCAAUCUCUACUGAACUAAAGGUAAAAGGUAUCUUGAAAUCACUGCAUGACAUCACAAGGUGGUGCUUUUUGAGCUUUGGAGAUGUAGACAGACUAAUAAUAAAGCAUUACUGAAACUUGUGUGAAUUAAACAAAACACAACUCUGGUAUGUUUUUUGAAACGGUAACAAUGUUAUAACAUGGGUUAAAGAUCACAAGAGCCAAUUUUGUAUAAUAUAGGACCUUAAACGUAAUUUAACAACCAAUAAGCUACUGAAGUGCAGCUCCGAAUUUAAAGGAAUACUACGUAAAAUUUCUGAUAUGGGCUUGUUACUUGCCUGUCUCCAUGUGUAUAUGCUAUUGCUUUGCCAGGAAUGUUCAGCAGUAUGGGCUUUAACUUGUCCAUUGAUACUUUGACGUGACAUCUCACUGGGGGUGUUAUACAUGAAUUUCUGUGAUGGAUUGUUCUGCAGUUACCAUGGUGAUGCAAUGCACACAUGAGCAAAGACUGUCAAAGGCUUAAAGAGUAUCUCAAAUGUUGUAGUUCCAACAAACUCAGCUCUUUGUGAUCAGAUUGUGUUAAAACGAAGCUUAGAUCAAAGUCUAAUUUAAGUAACAGCUUCAGACAGAGUAAUACCCCCAGAUAGCAUCACACCCCAAGAGAAUGCUGAUGUAAAAUUGGGUUUUUUCUUUUGUUUAAAAAAUCAAAUAAAAAUCACACAAAAGCACUACUGUUCUCUCACAAACUGUACUUGUUUUCGUGGAGACUGAUUUUAGUUUAAAGUCAUACUGACGAGCAUUCCAGGAAAUCUAAAUCAUCUACACGAAGGCAAGCAGCUGGUGGACCCUCUACCAGAAAUGUUCCAUAGCGUCCCUUUAAGUAAAAGUCUGUAUGUCUCAUUAUGGCCUGAUGGUAACGCCCAGUAGCUUUUUAUCUUCUACAAGUGCACUUUUCUGGGCUGUAUUCCAUUCAGAACCACUGGCCUGCACUUUGAAAAAUGAGAAUAACUUUAUUAACUUGUGCAAAACGUUUGUCAGCUCAUUUUGUCAGCUAUUUUAUUAAUUUAUUGAAAUUUUAUUGUGUUUUUGGUGUAUUUCUUGUGUGGACUCGUGCGGUCCUUAUGUACACAGCUUUCAGAAUGAUUUGCCUUUGAUUGUCUAGUUUACAUGUUCUGCUUUUAAUGCCACUAGCCUAGUCUAAAUUUGGUCCAUUGAACUGCUCACUUCAAACUUCAGGGAGUUUUGAGCUUAAGCGCUAUUCUCGGUAAAUAAAUUAAAAACUUUACAAAAAUCCA